AUGGCAAGGAUGGAAACAAUGAAAGGGGGAGACCCUCCCAAGCAGUGCUCCUGCAAAGCCCAGACCAGCCUGACAGAGACGACCAGCAUAAAAGCUGGACCAGAUCCUCUCUCCCUCACAUACUUCGCCUCACGCCUUAUCCUCCUGCUCCUGCUGACAAGCCUCACCCUUUCUCUUCCAGGGACCCUCCACACCACACCCAUGGCCUGCUACAAUCUCUGCACACCCUGCGGACCCACCCCGCUGGCCAACAGCUGCAACGAGCCCUGUGCCCUGCAAUGCCAGGACUCCCGCGUCAUCAUCAACCCUUCCCCUGUGCUGGUCACCCUGCCAGGACCCAUCAUGACCUCCUUCCCCCAGAGCACCGCCGUCGGAUCCACCUCCUCGGCUGCCGUGGGCACUGAACUCAGUGUGCAGGGACAGCCCAUCUCUGGGGGAUUUGGUGGCUUUGGCGGCUUUGGCUAUGGCCGUGGAUUUGGCUAUGGCCUGGGAGGCCUGGGCUGUGGCUACGGCAGAAGGGGCGGCUACAACUGCUAA